UUUUCCUUCUGCUGCCAUGGACGAGGCCUUGGCCAUCGCCAUCCUCGUGGCCUUAGCUUCCGUGGGGUUGUCCUCAGGGGCAGUCUAUACUGUCGGAGAUCAAGCUGGGUGGACCAUCAAAGACAAAGUAAACUACACCGCUUGGGCUUCUAGCAAGAACUUUCAAGUUGGAGAUACCAUCUUGUUUGUGUACAACAAGGACUUCCAUAACGUGAUUGAGGUGAGGAUGGAAGACUACAAGUCGUGCAACGCCUCCCCACUGGCCACCUACGUCUCGGGCAACGACUCCAUCACCAUCAAGAACAAGGGCCACUACUUCUUCAUCUGCGGCGUCCCCGGCCACUGCACCCUCGGCCAGAAGGUCGACAUCCGGGUCGCCGAGCUCGCCGCCCCUUCCAGCUCCCCACUCUCCGCCCCCGGCAACGGCGACACCCCCCCUCCCGCCCCGACCCCUUCACCUCAGCCCAGCGGCGCCUCUGCCGCCGCGGCUUCCAAGGUUGUGGGCUUCCUGCUGGCCGGGUUUGCCUUUGCCGCCACCUUUGGUGGCCUCAUCGUGCCUCAUUAG